GUUGAGCGACUGGUUUCAUUGUGUCUAGCUCAUGAAGGAAUUGUCUGCAAUGAAACACUUUCGUCAGGGGCGACAUCGACUAAAGAAAGCUCCAUCGAGGAUCGGUUAUUUCGUCGGGGCAUAGCUCAAAGUGAGCGCUCUGACGCCGAUGACAAUGGUUUGAAUACGGUCAAUCAUAGAGGGUCCAAAUCAAUUGACACACCCAACUAUGCCAACCUUUAUGAGUAUCUUUCGGAGUUAUUUAUGUUUGCUCGAGUACCCCAGCGCCUCGACAACGGUAGCGCAGCUGUCAUACUUGACAUGAUCAUUUGUCUUUUACAGGCUACUGACUACUUACUUUCAAGUGACUCCGCGACGGAUCUCGAACAGACAUUCUCGGACAUUAGGGAGAAAGUUUCUGUCCUGGUUUCGGCUCUUACAGUUUCUUUCAACCAGCGGUUGGAAUUUCUCAAACGAAUGUUUUCUUCGAAAAUGUAUGAUGUAGAUUCACUUGCAGCAGGUAUUCCGCAGGACUUCGCUUCCGCUUGCACGCGCCCAAACGCCCUACCCUGUCCAGCACCUCUUAUCAUUUUAAGGGAAACUCGGUUCCCUCUUGCUGUCGGCAAAACUUCUCUGUUGAAAAAAGCCUUAAAAAGUGCGGUUGAGAUGUGUUGGCAGUUUCCUACAUUCGAUAAACAUGAUAACCCUCAGAAUCUGCAGGAACGACUGGCUGAGUUUGUGAUGAAUCCUCUGGGAGUGGAUAGUGGUAAAGCACCCUCUGUGUGCCACCUCUUUUCCACAACAAGCCUGUUACUGCGACAUUACGAGGAAGCUAUCAUUUCGCACUUCGUACGUCCGCCGUUACUAACUGCCCCAAAACCUUUCGCCGUUCGAAGAGCACUGGCAAAAUCCGCUGCAAAACUUCUUGCUACCGCUCAGCCCUGCAAAACCGACGUCGAUUUGCUUUCAUACGUAGAAGGUCAGCCAGUCGCUCCGUCGAACGACAAACGCCAUGUGUCGUCAUACCUACUGGCUGACGACACAUGGCAGUACAUGUCUCGUGGCCGCACUUACAAGUGA